UGCAAUUGUUGUAAAUAAAAAAUAAAAAAAUCGCCCGGCGCUACAACACACUCCUCGUCUCUUCCUGGCCUGUUUCCAUCGGCUGAAAACCAUGUAUGCUGCGAACCGCUGUAGAUUUCGGGAACGUUUCGGACAAAAUUGAACCAAAAAUCAAUACAACAAUGUUAGGGUUUCUCACAAUCCCACACCAAUUGAAGAUUUCCCCAUCUCUCGCAUCUCUCCCUUCAAUCUCGUCACCUUCUUCCCUCUUCCUUCCACUCUACAAAUUCCCUCUCCAUCACACAUUUUUCAACUCCAAAUUUCUAAUUUCCAGUAACCGCAGAAGAUUCACAGCGUCUGCGAGCAACAAGAACACCGAAUUCGGCGGAAGUAUAAAGGAAAGAGAAGGAGAAAGAAAUGGGGCAAAGAGCUCCUCUAAUGGCGGCGAUGACUUGAAGAAAGAACGAGGGCCGGUUUUCAAUAUCAAAUGGGCUGAACUUUUGAUCGACCCAGAUCCUGAUAACAUCUUGGCCGUUGCGUUGACUGGUUUGCUUGCUUGGGCAAGUGUGCAGGUUUUGUGGCAGCUAUUCUUCAUCUCUUUGGCUAUUUUAGUGGCUGCUCUUAAGUAUUCUUUUAUUGCCGCGCUUCUUAUUUUCAUUCUAAUUACUUUACUUUAGAAGUGCAACAACAUUCUGUAUAGUCCCUUCACUUUUAUGCUUGAUUAAUUGGAUUUCCAUCGAAA